UUUUCUUUCCUGCUUCCCACUCCUCUUUUUCUCAAUAUUUUCCCUCCUCCUCCUCGUGUGAACGAUAAAGUGGUCUGAUGAUGGCCCUCGUUAUGGAACCUAUUAGCAAGUGGAUGCCCAAACAAGUAGUGGAUUGGAUGAAAGGCCUUGAUGACUGCCUUCAACAAUACAUAAAGAACUUUGAGAGGGAAAAGAUCAAUGGAGAACAGCUGUUACACAUUACUCACCAAGAACUUGAAGAGCUGGGAGUCACUCGAAUCGGUCACCAAGAGCUCAUCCUGGAAGCAGUGGAUCUGCUCUGUGCUUUGAAUUAUGGACUGGAGACAGAAAACCUGCGAACUCUUUCCCACAAGCUGAAUGCCUCUGCAAAAAACCUUCAGAACUUCAUCACGGGUAGGAGGAGGAGUGGCCAUUAUGAUGGCAGGGCCUCCAGAAGACUGCCAAAUGAUUUUCUUACCUCUGUGGUUGACCUCAUUGGUGCUGCCAAGAACUUGCUUGCCUGGCUGGACAGGUCUCCAUUUGUCAGUGUGACAGAAUACUCACUGCUGAAAAAUAACAUUGUUCAACUGUGCCUGGAACUAACAACCAUAGUGCAGCAGGAUUGCACAGUGUAUGAAACAGAAAAUAAAAUUCUUCACGUGUGUAAAACGCUCUCUGGCAUCUGUGAUCACAUCAUUUCGCUCUCAUCUGAUUCUCUGGUGUCUCAAUCAGCUCACCUUGAAGUUGUUCACCUUACCAGCAUCAUGCCCAGUGAAGGGUUGGGGAUGUAUAUCAAGUCAACGUAUGACGGGCUGCACGUGAUCACUGGAACGACGGAAAACUCUCCAGCAGACCAGUGCAAGAAAAUCCAUGCAGGGGAUGAAGUGAUCCAGGUCAACCAUCAAACUGUGGUUGGCUGGCAGUUAAAGAACCUGGUAAAUGCUUUGCGUGAAGACCCAAAUGGAGUGAUCUUAACCUUGAAGAAACGGCCUCAGAACACCCUGGUGUCUGCUCCUGCUCUUCUGAAGAAUGUGAGGUGGAAGCCUCUUGCCCUGCAGCCUGUUAUUCCAACCAGCCCAACUAGCAGUUGCACAACACCAACCAGCACGAUGGGCAUGGGCUCAAAAAUGGACAGCUCGACUCUCCAAGAUGUUUUCAUCCUCUCCCCUAUGUCAGGACUCUAUGGCCCCAGAGAUGAUCUUGGAAUGGUGUCUUGCGAUGAUGUCAGCAAGUAUGGCGGUGGAAAGUCUGGGAUGAAGGGUUCCGAGUCUCCCAGCUACUUUUUGGAGCACGAAAGCGGGAAGUAUUACACGUUAAUCGAAGGCGAGGGCCACCCAGUAAGCUCUGAAUAUGAAAGAGGGAGAGCGACAGGGGUGCGACGAAGAGAAAAGACACCCACACAUGGUGAUCUGAGACCAGUUUCUAUGCCUACAGAAUACAGCUGGAUAGGAGAAUCAAAAGAGCCAAAUAUGUUCAAGAGGGGUAGCCGAGACUCUGAGAAUUCACUCCUGCGAUACCUGAGUGAUGACAAAAUAUUGGUGAUCCAGGAAGAGCCAUUGACUCAGAAGGACAACAAGCGGGAUACGGGUCGCAGAUCAAGGAAAAAGGGCAAGAACAGUGGCAGCCCCAACUAUCCCAUAAGCCCAUCCAUGUUGACCUCUUCCAUAAACGUACGGCUUGAAUCCGGACAGCAAGAUGCCUUGAAUUUCUCCUUAGCUGAGAGCAACACUGUUCCACUUUAUCACAGAGCAGGAGAGGCAGUCGGGGGUGAUUCUGAAAGGUAUGUGAGUUCUGCCACUGAGCGACAAGGAGGCACAUCCAUGAGGAAGUCAUUUCACUAUGCUUCCCUGAGGGUAAAAAGCAAGAAAUGGCCCAAAGGAGGUUCGCUGAACAACAGCAGCAGACGAAGGAUCUCCUGCAAGGACUUGGGGCAUGGAGAUUGCGAGGGUUGGUUGUGGAAGAAGAAGGAUGCCAAAGGUUACUUCACCCAGAAAUGGAAAAAAUACUGGUUCGUCCUGAAGGAUUCUUCCCUCUACUGGUACACUAACCAGAAUGAUGAAAAAGCAGAAGGAUUCAUCAGUUUGCCAGAGUUCAGGAUAGACAGAGCCAUCGAGUGCAGGAGGAAACAUGCUUUCAAAGCUUGCCACCCCAAAAUUAAGAGUUUCUACUUUGCUACUGACUGCCUGGAAGAAAUGAAUAGAUGGAUGAACCGUUUGGGUCUUGCAGCCAUUGGUUAUACACCUGAUGACAAGGAUAUCCGACCUGAUGAAGCAGAUUACUGGAGUGAAAGUGACCAGGAAGAUAUUGAUGGCUCAUUAACUCUGAAGCAAGAGGCACCCAUAACACUUUGCGACACCUACCACCGAACACCCUCGAUGAAUUCUUCAAGCCCAUUCCCUGAGCCUAAACAAGGACGACACUUCUCCAGUGAAUCAACCUAUUCUCAUUCUUCUGCGGAAGAUUCCCGGCAGGAUCCAGCAGCAAGCACACACUCAUCAGGUUGCAGACCUCCCUACAGAGAAAGGCGUUCCUGGCAGGAUCUCAUUGAGACCCCGUUGACCAGUUCAGGGCUCCAUUUUCUGCAGACUGUCCCUCCUGACCCAGAGUACACGAGCGGACAACCCGGGUCGUCACCAGAGAGGCGGCGACAAGCAACGCUACCAGUCCAAAGACGACACAACCAUGAACAGGAUGGCCCUUUCCCAUUGGUGGAGUGCCACAGAGGCCACAGCUCUCAUGCCAGACCCCAGAAGCAACGUAGUCAAAGCCUCCCACGAAACAGAGAUGUCCGAGUGAAAGGCCGCGUAAAACCCAGUGGGAUAACAGAAGAGAGAUCUGAAGAAAAGCUGCCUGUUAAAAAGCAAAGUAGCUUGUGUGAAGAAGAAAACGCAGAAGAGCGACCACAGAGUGCAGAUGGUCUGCAUGAGUUGUACAAAUCUCUGGAACAAGCUAGUCUGUCAGCAUUUGGAGAGCAACGCCCUUCUACCAAGCAGGAAUACCGGAGGUCCUUUGUAAAGAGAAGCAACGACCCUGCUAUCAAUGAAAAGCUUCAUCGUAUCCGAGUUCUCAAGAGUACUUUAAAAGCAAAGGAAGGAGAUCUUGCAGUGAUCAAUAACCUACUCCAUGAUCCCAACUUGACAUCCAAGAAAUUCAAAGAAUGGAAAAUGAAGAACUAUGAAUUUUUCCUGGACAUUUGUGAGUACAGCGCUGUUCUGAAAACCCAAAACGGAGCCUCUGAACUUGCAACUCCAACCCCUCUGCUGACACACACUCAUUCCUUCAUUGAAACGCACGUCUGACAGGAUGUAGCUCUGGGAACACUUGGGGGCGGAGUGAGCUAGUGGAGGGGACCAUGAAAAAUCCAUUGUGACGAAACACUGUAACCUGUGUAAAUAAUGUACUCAGCUGUAUUGUAAAUAGAUUGGAUAAGAAAACUCGUGCCACA